CUGAGAUUGCAAGUUUCUGAUUCUCCCAGUCCCACACCACUCCAGGCAGUAAGGAACCGUAUUCCAUGGAUACAAAACGAUAAAUAACCUAUAUUGUAUGAAUAAACCCUUUUCCAGUUAACACCCUUAAAAACUGAAAAGGCAUGUAGAAGCGUUUACCUUGUUUUGAAAUGGUAGUACUGUAGUACCGGUACGUGCGGUACCGGUAUGGCAACUUUCGCUACCGUACCUGCUAACCUGUGUACAGUGUGUAAGUGUAACGGUACCGGUACUACCAUAACCGUAGGUACCGGUACUGACUUUCUUCCAUCUUGAAAAGACAAUUGAUAAAAACAAAUGAAACAGAUUACUGAGCGAACUAAUCCCAUACCCGACAUGGAAUGAUAACCGGACGAGAGGCCGUGGUUCGCCAUAUGGAUAAGCCGUCUUAUCGGCUUUCCUCCCCCCCCCGGUAUGAAUCUGUAAAUCCUAUCCUAACAAAACCUUAGUCAGUUAGUGCUGUAGAUUACAGUGAAUAAAUACUGAAAUAGUCUACGGUAACGAAAUACAGAAAUAGAUUGUUUCUGGUUUUUUAGUCAAUUCAGCAAUUACCGUACCGGUACUGUGUACGGUAUGUGACAAUGAAUUCUUACGUAUGUGGAUUACAUCAGUACCGGUACCUACAUACAUACAGACAUAGAUUAGUAGAUAGCCUACUGUUUUCAAAAUGACGUAGGAAGUACGGCUACGGAAGUAAGUUUAAUUCGAAAACCAGAUCUGUGUGAAAAUUGUGGAUCAUAUUCUGUGUACCAACCAUCAGACUAUCCAGUUCUGUAAACCUGUGCUCAAUUUGACAAAAUUGAAUAGAAUUUUGCAGUUUCUGUUAAUUACAAGAAUAAAAACAAGCAAUACAGCAUGAAAAGCAGAAUGAAUACAAUCCAAUUUUGACAUUUGCUGCAUUUGAGUCUUUUCUUCUUAAACAUUGUUCUUAUUGUGUGUAACAACUCAGCGAACUGUUUGCAGGUCUGAGUAAUGGAUUUUAUGAUUUCAGUGAUUUAUAAAAUAAAUAAAUCAAUUCUGAAAUCAUUGAGUAUUAAAAAAUUCUUAUCCCUUGUUAUAAUCAAGCUAUCUCACUUCCAGUAAUUCCUCCUGGCUUGUUUUGGAUGUGCCAAUGAAUUGCUUAAAAUGAACUUUGACCUCAAUUCAACCUCUGAACCUGGAAAUGAGGAAAUCAAAAGUGGCAGCAUCUCACUUGUUCAUUAGUAUCAAAAUUUUCGACCAAACUUUCCAUAUGAUCAAGUACUUAUACUUGAACCAAGAUCAUUUCUGUAACAGUCAUUUCGUCGAUGGAACUCCAGUCUUUGCUGCUAUUGUUACUUUGUCAGUUGUUUAUGUUUGAUCUGCAUAAAAACAUUUGGAUAGUAUGAUCGAUUUGUAUAGAGAAUAUGAAUUGCGAUUUAAUUUUUCUCAAGCCCUAAAAAUAUAGACUAAUUUUAUUGAUUGGAAUGGUUGAAAAACGAAAUAAUAAAUGGAAAAGUUGAUGAUGUACCUGUGACUCAAAUGCCCUAAGUCUAACCCUGAUCUCAAAUUCUAACCACCCAAGCUGAGAAAAAAAACAGACUUCAUUUUUUACAGGAGGCAUAUAUCAACCGAGAGAUAUCUAACUGGCCAUCUCAGUCACGCUAGGCCUGAGAUACUUAUUCUUGACAAAUAAAAGUCCAUUUUUAUCAUUGUUCAUGACACCAAGUAAUCCUAAUGUAGAAUUAAAAAUUAACUGGUGCCACUUUGCUAUGCGAUCUCAGCCGUUGUUGCUCUCAGUAAUUUUAGUAUCAACCUAAUCCUACCCCAACGAUAGUAGGGUUAGGUACUGAAUUCUACGAGAAUGGUUUAUGAGAUUAAACGAUUGAGAUCAAUUUAAGCAAAUGAGGUCACAUACGAAGUAGUUUUAUUACACUGAGAUCGCAUACCAAAGUGGCAUCGAUUAUCGUAAUAUAAACAAUAUGAUUUACAUGCUUACUUUAAUGCUUUUAUUUUCACCACUGUUGAGAAAUGCAAACCAUGUCAUGUUAGAUGCUAACUUUUCUGAUUGCAUCAGGUUCAUAUCAUUUGGAUAAGAUACAAUAUGAAAACUCAAUAGUCGUUGUUUUGCAACUGAUCUUUUAUUCUGUUAAUAUGCUGCAAAAAGAGGGUCAAUUUUAAGUGAAUUUCACGUUUUUUUUUAAUAUUUUUUCAUCACAUCUGUAAAUAGUGCUGUGAAUAUGUUCCAGCCCCCAGGCACUAAAACAUGGAUUAUCAAUGGGUCAUGCCUGACAGAAAUUAAAAUAAGGUAUCAGACAAAAGAAAAUUGCCAUGACUCUCUUUACAACAUGGAAUAUCUAUGGUUCAUGCAUGGCAAGGAUUAAAAUAAACUAUUAUUGUCUACUUUAGUUCAAUUAUACCACUCACAAACACUAAAAAUUACAGAAUUUUCACUCUUAGUUUUAAUGGUGAUUAUUCUGACCAGACAUGCUUCAAUAAUUUUAAUUUUAGGGUAGUUUUAAAUUAUAGUAAAGUUUAAUAUUAAUUAAGACUUAUUAUUUGUUACUCUGCUGUUAUUGUCAACCAUUAAUUAACUUUCUGAUUCGUUGUCUUUAAUAAUUCUGAUGGUUAGGUUAGGUUAUCUUCAAACUUAUUUUAACUUAAACUAGGAUAUAUCUUUUACCCUAUCAAUCUGAUACCAAACAGUCUUUAUAAACCAUUACAACUAAAUUUUAAACCUCAUUUUUUACACUAGCUAUGACCAUGUUGAUAACUAAGUCUAAUUAUUGAUUUACCACUGCUAUGUCUAUAAAGCAACAUUACUCUGAUGAAACCAUUAUCUACAAUGACAUUCUAUAUUGGAGAACUCCACUACCCUGCGUUGAAGGCAACGCUACGACGGCAAAUGAAUCCCAUAUAUGCAUUAUUAAUAAUGCAAAAGGCAGAGAAAGAGAAAUUGAGGCUUCAUCUGUAUGUGGAAAGAAAUGCGUUCAAUGCAAAACGCUUAAUUUAAUUCCUACGGGACAACACAAAUGUAAUUUACAACAUCCCAUUGGUGAUAUAAAAUGCCAGUGUAGUGGAACAAAAAAAUGUUGCAUUUUUAAUUCUUGUUCAACGUCACUUGAUCAAAAUGUUUCUGAAAAAGAGAAGUCAGAUCGUACAAACAAAAAGAAACAAAACAACGUGAACUCGGCGGUUACGUUGGAAAAUUUUGACACACAGAACAGCAUUAGAAAAAAUCAAUGCCAGAGCGAUAAAAAGGUAGAAGAUAUUACAAACUCUCGAACAGACUGUAGUGCUGUUGAAAGCGAAAGCAGUGUGAAAAAGCCAGAAGUGGAUGAAGAACACUCUCUCAACGACAAGGAAAAUCAAUUUUCUGAAACUGGAAUUAACUUAUCAUCAAAAUCAGCGAACAAUAAUAAUAAUAAUAACAUUGUUGAAGCUUUGGAUAAAAAAUCAGAUUCUCUUUCUGAUGAUAGCAUUGAUGAUUUGGAGAAUGACUUAAGUUUUCCUGGAUCUGCGAGAAGUUUGAAGACGUUUGCUUUCACUUAUACUCAUUCUGAUUUAUUCAAUUGUGCUGUCAUAAAGAAGAGAAGAUUGCUACCAUUCGGAGUUAUGGGGAACACUAAUAGCCAUGGUCAACACAAAAAAUCAUCUAAGAGAGGUUCACGACAUCAAUCAAGAAAAAGUGUUUCUAGUCUUCAUCAACAAGCAGCACAGGAAGAUGAGUCUGACAUUUUGUCAUCUGUUAACAAGAGGAAAAGACAACAUGAUAAUAGGAGUGUCGGCUCAAGACUUUCUGGACAAUAUGACGAUAUCAGUGUUCUUUCCUCACAAGGUAUUCUCAGUAUUUCUAGUAAAGCUGAGGACGAAGAAGAAUUAGGUCACCCUGAAAAGAUGAAAUCACCCAAAUUAAUGACGACACAACAAUCAAAAACAUCUAAUGAGGAAACAUGUGAUACUUCAACCAGCAAAUCAAUACAGGAUCUACUUCAUUAUCAACCUACAUUAAAAACAGAGUUCGAUUUUCGAAAACCUUUCGAUGUUGAACCAAAGAAGUUAAAAGAUGUGACGCAGCCAAGAGACAUUGAAAUGGUCUCAGAUUUAAAAACAAACGAAGAUUCAACAAUUCAAACAUUACGGGGUGUUUGUUGCGCAAUAACAAGCUUACAAGAAAAGUUGAUAUCGGAAACUAACGAUUCAAUUAAAUCUCCUGAUCAUCUAACAACGAGAAAAUACACUGGCAAGCGACAUCCAUCUGUCAGUCCAUCAUAUCCUAUAUUAUCAACAAGAACUCCAAUGUCUCCUGCACAAUCGCCUUUUAAUUCACGCUGUAAUACUCAACCUAUCAACAUUGAACAAGAUGAAAAUCUAUUGCAAGAAACCUCAACUUUCAACAAAGUGUUAACAAACCAAACAACUGUGAAUGAUAACUGUGAUGAUCAACUUUUAUUUAACGAGUGCAAUCAACCUAACUUAACUUCAACUUUACACGAACUGAUGAACUUCUCGCCAGAUGGUUUUUCAGGUUCUCUUUUAAACUCAUGGCUUCUUACUAACUCUACUGAUGAGGAAUCAAGCACAUUUGUUGAAAAAUUUUGUGAUUCCCUUGUGCGAGUUGGAAUAUUAUCACCAGUGUUGGAUAGACUUUCCUAUUAUAAGAUGGCAACAAACGAAAAAGACAAUUCGUCCAGUCAAGGGAAUACUCUGUUCAAUCGAUUAAAAUUUAUGCCUACUCAAAUUUAUACUUGGGGAGCGUUGAGUCGAUUGACAUCCAACAACGCCAGUGCUGGUCCGAAGAAAACCCAGACAUACAGAGAUUUUGCAGUAAGACAAGUGGAAGUCAGUCCAACGACUGCUCCUCCUGUUGAUAGCCAAUUUAGAAAAUCAAAUGAAGAAAAUUCUCCCGAAAAUGCUGGCCAAUCAGAAGAUAUUUCAAAUAAGACUGAGUCUUCAGAAAAAUAUCUCCAUUCGAUUGCAGCUCUAGACUUUACCAGUCCACAAGAUCCAAACAAAUCACCAACACAAAAACCUAGAAAACUAUUUUUCACUCCAACUUUAUGGUCUACUAGAUCGCAGAAUGGUGAUGAAUCCAAGAAUAUCGAUACAUCAGUGAACAUUGAUAGUUCAGCAGGUAGUCCUGCAAGUGGCAACAGUGCAAAUAAGAAGCUCACAUCAGUUUGGCCUCCACCCAAACCCCAGGAAGAUGAUGCUCAUGGACUCAAAUAUACGGAAGCAGAACAUCAACAGAUACUGAUGGAUUUGAAAAAAAACCACAGUGAUGAGUUGUAUAAAAUUACAAAAGAAUAUGAGACAAAUAUUUAUGAAAUGAACGAGGAGUACACUCAAGAAAUCGAGUCAAUGCAACAGGAUUCAAACAUCUUGAAACAAAAAAAUGCUGAAUUGAAAGCAAAAUUAAAUGCAGAUAAAAAUGAUGUAUCGACGCAAACACAACAUGUAGCUCAACUGAGGCUGACGAAGGGAAUUCAAGUUGAUAUUGAAAAAGAGUCACUCCUGCCUCCUUCUCAGAUAAGCCUUCCAAAGGAAAAUGUUCCCCCUCCGCCGAUUAGUGCACCCCCGCCGCCGCCACCACCACCACCCCCUCCCCCGCCUCCAGGAAUUCCUCCCCCACCGCCCCCUCCCGGAAUUCCACCACCCCCUCCCCCACCCUUGAGCGGGGUACCACCACCGCCCCCUCUUGUACGCGGCCUUGCAACCAUCAAAGAAGAUUCACCUAAACGAGCUCCUGUUGAACCGAAGAAACCGAUGAAACCACUGUACUGGAAAAGAAUUCAAAUCCCUAAGAAGGAACUGCCAAAUAAUAGAUCUGUUUGGGCAAAGAUCGAAGACGCUGCAAUAAACACAGAUGAAAUGGAAUCAACAUUCUGCAAAACAACAACUGUGAAAAAAUCAAAAGCAUUAAGUGAUUUAAUGACGGAAAAGAAAAAAAAGAUUAAUCCAGCGAAAAUUCUUGAAGGUAAACGUUCUCAAGCUGUUGGCAUAUUUUUAUCAAGUUUACAUGUUGAAAUGACAGACUUACAAAAUGCCAUAUUGAAUCUCGACAUUACAACUGUAGAUGAAGAAAGCAUGAUAUCCAUUUAUAAUUUGAGAGCCAGCAGUGAUGAAUUGAAAAGUAUUAAAUCACAUCUGGAAAGUCAGAAAAAUAAAAAAGAAGAAGAAAAACAAGGAUUAGAUAAACCAGAAAAAUUUUUAUACAGUUUAUAUGAAAUCGACAAUUUUGAAGAUCGAAUGUUUUGCAUUACAUUUCGAACAAGUUUCAACGAAGAUAUACAAGGCGUACAGAAGGAAUUAAUGAACAUAAAAACUGCAUUGAAUGAACUUCAAGAUCCAAACACUAUACUUCGAAUACUUGGUCUUGUUUUGAGUGUCGGAAAUUAUCUUAAUGGAGGCAAUCGAACCCGUGGACAAGCCGAUGGAUUCCAACUUGAGAUUUUAUCAAAAUUAAAAGAUGUGAAAGGUGUUAAAGAUGGUACCAGUUUCAGUUUAUUGAAUUACAUUGCAUGGGCAUACAUAAGGACAUAUGACAAGGAUGUUGAGGUCCUACAGAGAGAAUGUCCUGUUCCAACAUUCCAAAGUAUAGUUCUUGCUUCGCAAGUUAAUUUCAGUGAUAUUACCAAAGAGUUGAGAAGGAUAAGAAAAGGUUUGAAAGAUUGUGAGAAGCGUGUGUCUGAUGUCAUCAAAAAAUCAAAGAAGCAUUCUCAACCUUUUAAAUCUAUCAUGGAAACUUUUCUUGAAAAUGCGUAUAUAAAUAUUGAGAAAGAUGAAGCUGAAUAUGAUAAGGCACAGAAAAGUUUUCGAGAUGCUGUUGAAUUCUUUUGCAUCAAAUCUAAGUCUUCUUCAAAAGCUGUUGAACCUAAAGAUUUCUUUUCACUAUGGCAAAGUUUUUGUCUCGAUUUCCACGGAAUUUGGAAAAUUGAAAUUAAUAGAUAUUUGAAAGAAGAAAAACAAAAAUUUCGACAGAGUGCUGAAGAUGUGUUGGCAAGACAAGCGACAACAGUUGUUGUUAAAGCAAGAAGAAGGCCUGGGAGUAUUAAAUCCCGUCCAACAAUACAAAGAUGAUUUUACAACAUGGAUCACUUUUUAUCAACUUAUGUUGCUGCUCGCUUCAUCUGUCUCAGGAAUUUUAUAUUAUAUAUGCUAAAUGAAUUGAAGAGAGUGGCAAUGAGUGAGAAAUUUUCAGAGCGAGAUUUUGAGGGAAAACGCUAUUCGAUAUUUGCCAAAUUUGGUCUAGUGAGUUGGUAGCUAAUGCAAUAAGGGCUUUGCAUAGCAAUAUUUAUAAAGAACUUAGUGCAAUGGGAAAGCGUUUCACCAAAUGAUCAUUUGGAAUGGCUACAUUUCUGAAUAGCUUUCAUUUGACUAUAAAUG